AUGUCUCCAAAAAAUUCAAGUCAAAAAAAACCGAAUAACUUCUUGGCUACAAAUAAGAAGUCUGGACGAAAAGAAAAAAGAAAAGCACGAUUAUACAACAGACACGUUAUAGUUAAAAAAAUAAACGAUCAAAUUAGGCGUCUUUCUAAACAAAAGAAUGGUGUACCUAUUGAAGAUGAAUCUAUUAUGAAUCGAAUUGAAUGCUUACGUCAAGAAAGCGACCGGCUUCGAAUAGAACUUAGUGAAGCUAAGAAUAACCUUGAACAACUUAAAAAUGAAAAGGAUGAACUCGGUGCUCAAUUAGAAUUGCAGUUAGGCAUUGGUACAAGUGGUGCAAGUAAUUAUAGUAUAGUCACGAAUGAGAGUUCAAAUGAGUCUGAUGAUGAAAUGGACGACACAAAUUUUUAG